AUGUCGUCCUCACAUUUACCUGAAGAACUGAGACUCAGGGUGGUUCCCAAGACCCGCUCGAAGGAUGCACACCAGCAUCCUCCUCAUUCACUCUUCAACGAUCCUGCUCGGCCUCCUACGCUCGCUCAGCCUUCCGAUACCAACCGUCCACCAGCGUCUCAGAUGCCAAUGCCCCAAACCGCCGAUAUGACCCCGGACGAGAUAUUCCGCACCAUCAUCGACUACUUCACCAACCCCUUCAAACCAUCUCUUCCCUACACCUCUGGCACCAGCACCAGUAAAUCUCACACAUCCCUUAACAACACGGCACAACAAGUAUCGCUCUACACCGCCACGGCCCCCCUCGUCCUCUUCUUCCUCUUCGUCCCACUAGCCUGCGCACUCUUGCAUACGCGCGUCUCUGUUGGCCAAGGCCCGAAGAGUCAGAAGAACCGUAUCCUCAGUUUUACGAGGGAUAUACAUUUUUAUCUUCGUGGCGUUUUUGGUAUCGCUGGUGGCGAUGGUGAUAUGAUCACGCUGGUCGACGUUUUCCUAGUCCUCGGCUUAAUCGUGCUCGUUCUGGUACUAUGGAGGAUUAUUCUCGUAUUGGGAGGAUAUACCGCUACGUGGAUAACGAACCAGCUCGCGGAGGAGGCGGAAAGGGAAGGAGAAGGCGGUGAGGAAGUGUAUGGGAUGGGUGUGAGAGGAUUCGGGAAGUACGUUAUGAUCAAGGAUGGAGAAAAGGCGAUGGAGGAGAGGGAGAGGAUGUUGAUGGCAAUGGAUUUUCAGGGUGCGGAAUCGUUUGAGGGUGUGGUGGAGAGUGGGAGUGUGAGCGAUGAUGACGAUGAGGAGGAGGAGGAGGAGGAAGGCGUGCAGCGGGCGAGUGGAUUGACCGCUUUAAGUUUUUGUUUGUAG